UUAAUAUUGUUAAUGUAAAUGCACAUAAUGAUAGUCAUCUAAAAUUAACACCACGUGGAAAAAUUACUAACUAGAUAAAAACUGUUCUUUCCCCCCGCCAGCUAGUGGGUAACUCAUACUCAGCCUCCUACAUCAACAUGCACCUUCUACUUGGCCUCUUGGUAGUCUGCACAUCAGUCCUUGCUGCGCCCUUCCCAGGACCUUUCCCUGCACCAGCUGCUCGGCCUGGACCGUUACCUCAAUGGCCUGAGGAGUGUUUUAAAGGAUGUUCUGCUUGUGGACCCCCGUACGGAUGUGAAUGCCUAUAUGGGUGUGGUGGAUGUGGAUUCGGAAAUUGCAAUUGCCGACCUGGUUGUGGCUGUGGUUGUAAAUAAUAGUAUAAUCCACUGUAUUAGAGUAUAUAUGUAAUGAAAUAAACCACACAUUUACUUAUA